CAGCCGCUGAGUAGCCAUUUUGGUCCCACCUAAAACGGACAGACCAGCUUCACUUUGGGCCGUCGGAGAUGGAAGAAACCGAGUCGACGGCGAGUAUUUCAGCCACCAAAACCUUCUAAAUCCCUCUAAGAAACAUCGGCUGGUGACACUCGACGCCAUGGCUUCUUUUUAAACAGUUGUUUUUGUGAAAAAAGAGAAAGCCUGGGGUGUUUUUUUUUUUUUUUUUUGGAAGUGGCGACCGACAGCGCCUUAACGUUAGUUUAGUUAGCUUCACUGACUCAAACACAAACGGACAGACGGACACUGAUUUGAGUUGAACGCAGGCCGUGAGCGGGUAUGUACGCGCCAUGCAAAUAAGUGAACAUAAGAUUAUUAUGCAGGCAUUUUUUAUUUCAGUCCCUAACAGUUCAGGUGCUCUGCUCUAACACGUCCGGUUUGGUUUGAAAAUUGUCACGAUCCAUGCUGAGACUGUUUCCCCCCGGAGAGCAGAGCUGCAAAGCAAAGCAAUAAUCUCUUUUUCUCGGCUGUCAGACUGAAGGAGGUGUCGGUGGAUUUUUGGACAUCAGACGUUACUGGCGAAAGAAAGGACGAAUUAAAAACAUGUCAACAAAAACUCCUUUGCCUACGGUCAACGAGAAGGUGACGGAAAGUCACACGUCUCACAGUAAUGGACGUCAGGAGAUCAGCACGCGCUCGGCCCGGACCGGCGUCCGAUCCCGCACCUCCGAGGAGCCGCAGCAGCCCCACGUCGGCAACUACCGGCUGCUCAAAACCAUCGGCAAGGGCAACUUCGCCAAAGUCAAACUGGCCCGACACAUCCUCACCGGCAGAGAGGUGGCAAUUAAGAUAAUAGACAAGACGCAGCUGAACCCAAACAGCCUUCAGAAGCUCUUCAGAGAAGUUAGAAUAAUGAAGAUUUUGAAUCAUCCCAAUAUAGUCAAGCUCUUUGAAGUGAUUGAGACUGAGAGGACGCUCUACCUGGUGAUGGAGUACGCCAGUGGAGGAGAGGUCUUUGACUACCUGGUUGCACAUGGACGAAUGAAGGAAAAAGAGGCCAGAGCUAAAUUUAGACAGAUUGUAUCGGCGGUGCAGUACUGCCACCAGAAGCACAUUGUUCACAGAGACCUCAAGGCGGAGAACCUGCUCCUCGACGCAGACAUGAACAUCAAGAUUGCAGAUUUCGGCUUCAGCAACGAGUUCACUAUGGGCAACAAGCUGGACACGUUCUGCGGCUCCCCGCCAUACGCAGCGCCCGAGCUUUUCCAGGGGAAGAAGUACGAUGGGCCGGAGGUGGACGUCUGGAGCCUGGGGGUCAUUCUGUACACGCUGGUCAGUGGCUCGCUGCCCUUCGAUGGACAAAACCUCAAGGAGCUGCGGGAGGCGGCUAAAAUUCAGCAUGAGUCUGGCUCUAAUUGUCUCACUUUGCUUUUGCAGCAAAUCAUGAAAGACCGAUGGAUCAAUGCAGGAUUUGAAGAGGACGAGCUAAAGCCUUACACUGAGCCAGAGCUGGACAUCACCGAUCAGAAGAGAAUAGAUGUGAUGGUGGGGAUGGGCUACAACCUGGAGGAGAUCCAGGACUCUCUGGCCAAGAUGAAGUAUGACGAGAUCACAGCCACCUACCUGCUGCUGGGCAGGAAGGCCUCCGAGCUGGAGCCCAGCGAGUCGGCGUCCAGCAGCAACCUGUCUCUGGCCAAAGCCCGACCCAACAGCGAGCUCAAUGGCCAGUCGCCCUCACACCUCAAAGUCCAGAGGAGCGUCUCCUCCAACCACAAACAGAGACGCUACAGCGAACAAGUUGGUCAGAACGUCCCUCCAGGGAUGUCCCAUCCAAAGAGGAGUCAGACCACUACAGCGGAGAACAGCGUUAAGGAGGAAAGUGGAGUCCAGCUCCGUAAACCCAGCACCCCGGGGAGCCGCGGGGCUCCGCCCGCCAGCCCUCUGCUGGGCAACGCCAACAACCCCAACAAGGCCGACAUCCCCGACCGCCGGAAAGGCGCCACCACCGGCCCAAGCAAUAACAGUGCGUCGGCAGGUAUGACCCGGAGGAACACGUACGUCUGCAGCGACCGAAACAACACAGACCGCCUCUCCGUCAUCCCCAACGGCAAGGAGAACAGCAGUGUCGCGGCGUCGCCCGGCGGCCAGAGGAACCCGGUGGCGUCCAUUAACAGCAUUGCCAACGCCACCACACCGGACCGCCUGCGCUUCCCGCGCGGCACCGCCAGCCGCAGCACCUUCCACGGCGGCCAGCUGAGGGACCGCCGCACGGCCACGUACAACGGGCCGCCGGCCUCGCCCACCCUCUCCCACGAUGCCACCCCUCUCUCUCAGACCCGCAGCCGUGGAACCAGCAACCUUUUCUCCAAGCUCACCUCCAAACUCACCCGCAGAAACAUGUCAUUCAGGUUUACCAAAAGAGUCUCAACAGAGUUUGAGAGAAACGGGAGACUUGAGGGCUCAAGUCGCCAUGUACCUGGGGAUCAAAAAGGGGAAAAUAAAGACGGUAAACCCCGCUCCCUCAGAUUCACUUGGAGUAUGAGGACCACCAGCUCCAUGGAGCCUUGUGACAUCAUGCGGGAGAUUCGCAAGGUGCUCGAUGCCAACAACUGCGACUACGAACAGCAAGAGAGUUUCCUGCUUCUUUGCGUCCACGGGGACGGGUGCGCCGAGAACCUGGUCCAGUGGGAGAUGGAGGUUUGCAAGCUGCCCCGGCUCUCGCUCAACGGCGUCAGAUUCAAACGGAUAUCCGGCUCAUCCAUCGCUUUCAAAAACAUUGCUUCCAAAGUUGCCAACGAGUUAAAGCUAUGAACAAAAGGGGUUUAAAAGUAUACAUAUAUAUAUCUAGAAGUAUUUAAGCUGUACAAUCAUCCAAGUAGCAGUUUCCAAAUGUCUCCUUUUUUUAAACAAAAUACAGAGUAUUGUAUUGAAUAUUAUAAUGUAUAGAUUAAGGCUUUUGGCAAUAAUCACUGAAUUACCUACUAAUAUCUCAGUCUAUUCUGGCCACACGGGGUCGACAGUAACGAGUUGAAUAUGAUUUGUCAUGCUGUGAAUGUGGACGAAAAAAAAAAAAGAAAACCUUUUUAGUCUUAUUUAUUUCAUCUUUUUUUGUUUUGUUUUUCUCUUCUAUAAAGGAAAAAAAAAAGGACGUAGCGUUUUUUUUUUGUUUUCAGUGUAAAUAAUGUAUCUUUACUUUCAAGACGGCUUCACUGCAAUACUCCUUUUGUUUUGUUUUUCUUUUGUAUUUGGUUAAAAAGUAGAGAUGAUGGGGAGUCGGUGUAAAUGCUCACUUGGUUGAAGGGUCACUCACGUCUCAAUUAAAGUGUCUGUCAACUUGAA